UUUAGUCGCGAGACUUUUAUCGAAACGUACACAUCACCAGCGAGCAGUUGUUGUUGUUGCGCGAAGACCCCCAGACCCAGAAUCAAAUCAGAGUUCCGCAUUAUAUAUAUUUAAACGUAUAUCCUUCGAACCUAACGUCUAAUAUUCGCGUGUGUGUCUUGUAGCUUUCUUUAUUUUUCCAGAGUGCGAAAAAUAAAGUAAUUGCAUCCAUCCAACAGGAAGAGAUUAUCCUUUAUCCUUGAAACCUCUAACACACGACAGAAAUGGCCGCCUACGCCGCUUUCAAACACGUCGAGCUCUACAAUGUCGGCAAAGCCAAAAAGAGGGUGCUGAGGGCUCCGGGCGGUGGAUCGAGCGACAUCUUUGGAUCGGAGAUGCCGCAGACCCCCAGGGGUCAUGUGAAGAAUCGCAUGGCGUCCAACAUAUUCGCUGCCGAGAAGGAUAAUGGAGUGAAAAACAACGUACGACAAGGAGCUCACAGAUUCUAUUUCAUUGGUGAUGCCCCAAGACGCGGCCAGAAGACCGUCGACUCGCACAAUCGGCUGUUUGGGGAGCCCACCCGCCCGAUCACUCCCGCCAAGAACCACAUGAAGAGCAGCAUUCCCUUUGGCGGACAGAACACAGAGGCAGCCGCCGCCCAGAAGCUGCUGACCACCAACGGCCACUACAACGGCAAGAGCGGAUCCGUGUCCUCGGCCUCGUCCUCGGUCUCGUCCUCGACCGAGAACCUCAAGAUGAACAGCGGUUCGAGAGGAGUCUUCCGCAAUAUGAGCACAGCUCCAGGUUCUAAAUCAAAUCCAAUCCCAAGUGUACGUGAUCCAGCCUGUCCCCUGACCCCGGAGCCCAGCAUCCCAGAGAUUCCACCACCAGACGUACUGCCCAUCGAUAUUCCGUGCAAGGAAAUCGAAGUUGGUGACAUUCCGGCUGAUAAUUAUACGUACAAUCAGUCCGAUAAGCGUGACGAGGCCAUCCAGUCUCGCUGCGAUUCGGGUACUAAUCCCGAGAAGCCCUACUCCCUGAACCAUAUGGAGGGACCGGCGGAUCUGCAGGAGCCUAUGCAUCCUUGCCCCGACACUCUAAAGGAGGCGGCCCAGCAGUGCAAGAUGGAUUCCCGCAAUCCCAUCACGGGCCUGGGCCUCAAUGGCGAUGGUGUUGGCGGCCUGAAGCCGAAGAAGCAAAAGAAUCGAGAGGGUAACCCCGUCACAGGAGAGGGCUACAAGCCAGGCGCAAAUGACUUCCACCAGCGAGCCGACUCGUCCCAGGGCGGCACUCCGAUCAUCAACAAGAACCGUGUCCCACCAGGCGGCUACUCGUCGGGACUCUGGUAAUGGACACAACCACUUGCUCAGAUCCCAGCACAAGCAACAUGGAGGGGCAACUGGAGGGCGGAAAGACCAUAAGAAGAAAAAACCUAAAAAAAAAAGCAAACAAAAAAAUAUAAGAUCGUACUAUCCAUAAUAAUAUACGCAUCACCACCCUAUCCCGUACUCAAAAAAAAAAAAAACAACAAACAACAAAAUAUUAAACUCAAAAGCCGGAGGCAGCGAAUAGAAGGAAGCCAGAGGGAUUUGCCAACGAAUUAUAUAAACAAGAGAACUCAAUUGCUCAACGAUCUUCAAAGAUUCAAGAACCAUCAUUGAUGCAGUAUCCGAAACGAGAAUUAAUCAACCACAUUUAAAAGGCCGUCGCACUUAACCACAACUACCAAACACCACCCAACCACCAGCACCCUAACCACCACAACCACUCAACCACCCAAACCACCACGUCCACAACUCCAUUGAAAAUCUGUAAUUUAAAUUCUUUAGUUCGUGUAAUUCGAUGUAAUGCCUGUUACGCCCAAUAACAUAUACGACUGCACGUUUA